AUGACCUCCAACAAAGAUACCACCCAGCCGAGUGAGACCACGCCUCUGAUAUCAAGUAGCACCUCGAAACCAAAGAAGUAUGGAACAUCUAUCGUAUAUCGAGCGCUGGUUGCUGGAUUCAUGAUUUCACUAUCCUUCAGCAUCACUCAAGUCCCAAUCAUAUAUGUCUUCCGCUUGAUGACAUGUGAAGCGUACUACACGAACCAUCCACUCCCUCCGCCUGGUGGCGACCGUUGCAACAAUCACCAGAUCGAAGCCAGUACCGCAACUGCGGUCUCACUCCUUGGAGUGUCAACCACAUUCUUUGGGGUUAUAAACCUAUUCAUAACGGGAUGGACGAUUAAGAAACUCGGCAUUAAGUCCUCUUUGAUCAUCCAAGUCUUCUGGCCGGCUGUCCGCCUCGCCAUUCAGAAUGUCGGUGUCCAGACUGGAGGUGGAAUGGGGAUCCUGAUCAUCCAAUGUUCACAAAUCAUCAAUAUCAUUGGAGGACCUGCCGGGUAUCUCUUAACCUUGAACUCAUAUAUCACAGAAGUUGUAGAGCAUGAGGCGAGAACAGGAGUCCUGGGCCAACUCACCGGGUGCACGAUGUUCGGCACUUCUCUUGGAUACCUCAUUGGAGGACUCCUCAGCGAUAUCUUUGGUAUAAUUGCACCAUUCAGAGUCACUCUGGUCUUGUUCCUUAUUUCUUGUUGCUACGUCUUCUUCUUUUUGCCUUGGAUUCCACCGAACGAGGAUAUGGAGAAAAAGGCUUCAAAAAAGAGAACUGUCUUGAACUUUCUUGGUCCGUUGAAAAUGUUUGCGCCUCAGAGGUGGGUACUGGGAGAUGGAAGGAUUCAGAAGGAAUGGGGUACCUUAUUGCUUGGAAGUGGGGUGUUUUUCGGUGUUCUGGCAACGAGCUAUGUACCGGUGCUGCUUCAGAUGUACUCGACCGACGUCCUUGGGUUUGGCACGACAGAGAACGGGUACCUGAUAUCGUUGAACUCUCUUAUUCGAGGUAUUUUUCUCACUUUGGCUUUUCCCAGGAUCAUCAAAGCUGGACGAACCUGGUUGGACCGCCGAAAUGGAAAGAAAAGUGGAACAAAUACACCACGAACUCCAGAUUCAGAGGCUACGUUGACGGAGCCAAAUCAAGAAAUUGCGGUUGAAGCGAUGGAAAGUGAAGAAGAGCCAAGGGAGACGCCGAAAUCAGCGGAUGAUGAUAGAGAGACUUUCCAUUUUGAUCUGAUGUUCACAAAAUACAGUUUGAUCGCUGACGGCCUGAUCACGGGAAUCGCAACCUUUGUGACAGAAGGUUGGCAGAUGUAUGCGGUAGCUAUGCUGCUUCCGUUUGCGUCAGGAACAGGAUCUGCGGCAAAGGGCACGAUUUUGCAGAUGUGUUCUGCUGCUGAAAGGUCUGAUGCAUUGGGUGCUAUUACCUUGCUUGAGAUGAUUGCAAGACUUUUGACGACAAGUGUGUUUGGUCUCAUAUUUGCGGCAUUUGCGAAUAUUGGGCGGACGCACUUUGUGUUUACAUGUAAUGCUGCUGUUGCAACUUUAGGAUUUAUUAUUUUGCUGUUCUGCAAGUUUCCACGCGAAGGGAGUAAGAGAUAUGUAGAAGAACAUGAUCCCGAGCCGGCUCCGGCAUAG